CCACGUCGUCCACCGCAGUGGCUGCCGUUGCAAUUUCCAGGUCGUUUCUCUCAUUCUGUCCCAAGUCACAAGGAAACGUCCAAAUAACAUAGAAUUCGCAAUGGGAAAGACACGAUCAGGAAGCGCGGAUGCAGCUCCCGAGCAGCCCUCACCAAAGCCACAAAACAACUUCACGAAAUGGAUGACACGCAUAGUUGCAUUGCUGCUUCUUGGUGCAACAUUUACCUGGCUUGAUGGCAAUAAAGAGCCCAAGUUCCUCCACGAGCUUGCCCAAGAAGCCGUCCUCGUCUCACCGAAUGACCCCCAAGGCAUGAUCACCCACAUUCUCACCAACCUCACCUCUACAUACCCACAACUCGACUCCCCUGCCAUCUCCCUUAACAUGAACGCCUCUGAGUGGGUAUUCAGCAACGCUGGAGGCGCAAUGGGCGCAAUUACCUCAUUAUUUUCGGUACCCCCUCUAGGCACGGAAGGACACACGGGGUUGCACACUGCAGAUGACUACUUCCAUAUUUUAGUCGGCGAGCAGUGGGCGUUCAAACCAGGUGCGUUGGAAAUGGAGAGGUACGGCCCUGGGGACAUGCAUUUCCUCCCGAGGGGUACUGCGAAGCAAUAUAAGAUGCAUGAGGGGUGCUUUGCGCUUGAGUAUGCUCGGGGCUGGAUCCCGUUGAUGAUGCCCUUUGGUCUUGCGGAUACUUUCACGUCUACCCUAGAUCUUCCGACGUUAUACCACACCGUUCGCAUCACGGGCCGGGAGAUGAUCAAGAACUUGCUUGUUGGCAAGAUAUGAUUGAUAUAAGCUAUAUGAGACAUGUUGGUUUCUGAUGACAUCUGUGAUAUGUUAUAAUACCCCUAGACAGAGAUCUUGUGCUGGUCGUUCUACCACGCGGUAAUGCCAUUUAUUAGGAACCUCGUAUAUACUUAUUGUUCGCUGGCAGAAUUGUGCGAGCCCUUGGUAUCCGAUGUCUAAUCAUCCAUCCUGCUUUU